UGAACUCUUUAGGUGCGGCGAGAUUAAUAGCGAGGGACCCAUCUCAACGAGGCCACUCGAGCGCCCUCUCACGCUGUUCCUCUCCCUCCUUCCACCACCUUCUUUUACUUUCUGACCUGAGCUCAGACGCUUCAAGAAGCUUUAUCUUUUGGAACUUAAAAGGCAAAGAAGCUGGAAAGCAAGAGCUCCUUAUAUUGUAAAGUUCUGAAUGGAUUUGCUAUUGUCGCUGUCCUCAGAGAUUCAACGGUGAAAACAUUCAACGUUUGAUUGCGGCUGAUUGGUGGCUAUGACUGAGUCUACAUGAAAGGCACUCUCCUGAAUCCUCUUUGAAUUCAGCCUUAAGAUUUUCUCUGCUUCAAAAGCAGUUAAAGCUUACAACAAGUUGCAAGGACAUAAUUGGAAUGUGAGGCUUUGGCGCAAGCAUAUAGGAUCUGAAGUUUAAGUGGUGCCAAUUAUUUUGUCAGCUGAAAUGGAUCGAAAUGGGGGAGAGAGUUGGAGGGAAGUGAUGAAGAAGAUGCUUCCUCCUGGAGCUUCUCUGCCUGAUGAAGCUUCUGAUCUUGACUACUCCAUAGCCAUAGAAUAUCAGGGUCCACCAGUUUCAUUUGAAGUGCCAACAGUUGAUCCUCUUGAUAUGAAUUCUCGAGGAGUUCCACUUUCUGGAUCACAAUCUAUUUCUCGUGUGAGGCCUCAGGUGAUUGAGCCAAUUCCUCUGCCAGUGUCUCGUAUUGCCGGUGUUACAGGUUCUCCUAAUCAAAGUCCUAGGAUGUCAGGAAGUUCAGAAUCUGCGGUGUCUGUCUUGCAAAAUCCUGACUUUUCUUCAGCGUCAGCCUCACCUGGUUCAGCUCAUAAUCCUCCUAGGCAAGUGAUAAACGAAUCAAAGAGGGCGCAUGUUGUCACUUUUAAUACUGUUGAUAGAUCUCAAAGGAAGGAAGCUGAAGUUAUGGAGCCAGUUUAUCCAGAAUAUGUGUGGGUUUCAAAGGAAAGGAAGAAAAAGAAAUUCAGAGUUUGUUAUAGAUGUGGAAAAGGGAAGUGGGAAACUAAGGAAUCUUGCCUAGUUUGUGAUGCCAAGUAUUGUAGCAUUUGUGUUCUCAGGGCCAUGGGAUCAAUGCCAGAAGGACGCAAAUGUGUAACUUGCAUUGGUCAGCCUAUUGAUGAAUCAAAGCGUAUGAAAUUAGGUAAACAUUCAAGAGUAUUAUCUCGACUUCUUGUUCCUCUAGAAGUUAAGCAAAUUAUGAGAGCAGAGAAAGAAUGCUCUGCCAAUCAGCUUAGGCCAGAGCAGCUGAUGGUUAAUGGAUUCCCACUGAAGCCCGAGGAGAUGGCAGAAUUACUUGGGUGUCCCUUACCUCCACGGAAGCUGAAGCCUGGUAGAUAUUGGUAUGACAAAGAAUCUGGUCUCUGGGGAAAGGAAGGGGAAAAACCUGACAAGAUAAUAAGUUCAAACUUGAACUUCACCGGGAAACUUAGCGCUGAUGCUAGUAAUGGAAACACACAAGUUUACAUCAAUGGUCGAGAGAUUACAAAGCUUGAAUUGAGGAUACUGAAGCUGGCAAAUGUACAGUGUCCACGUGAUACCCACUUUUGGGUUUAUGAUGAUGGUCGUUAUGAGGAAGAAGGUCAGAAUAAUAUCAGAGGAAACAUUUGGGAGAAGGCUUCAACAAGAUUUGUUUGUACCCUGCUCUCUUUACCCUUUCCCCAUGGAAAGCCUCAUGAACCAAGAGAUGAGAUCAAUAAUUAUUCUACAGUUCCAAAACAUCUAGAACAGAAAAAAGUUCCAAAGCUUCUUCUUCUUGGACUUCAAGGAUCAGGAACUAGCACUAUCUUUAAGCAGGCCAAAUUCUUGUAUGGGAGCAGAUUUACUGAAGAAGAGCUACAGGAUGUCAAACUGAUGAUCCAGAGUAAUAUGUACAAAUAUCUUAGCAUUUUGCUUGAUGGAAGAGAGCGCUUUGAGGAGGAGGCUCUUUCUGAAAUGAAUGCACAAAAUUCUUUUGGUCAAACUGUGAGACAAGUUGGGAACAGUGAAUCAAAUGAAACUAGUCUAUGCAUCUAUUCCCUCAACUCAAGGCUGAAGCAUUUCUCUGAUUGGCUCCUGGAUAUUAUAGCUACCGGGGAUUUAGAUGCAUUCUUCCCAGCAGCCACACGUGAGUAUGCACCAUUAGUUGAAGAAGUGUGGAAGGAUCCAGCAAUACAAGAAACCUAUAAAAGAAAAGAUGAGCUUCAUUUUCUUCCAGAUGUGUCAGAGUAUUUCUUAAGCCGGGCCAUUGAGAUAUCUAGCAAUGAAUACGAACCUUCUGAAAGAGACAUCAUUUAUGCAGAAGGGGUUACUCAAGGUAAUGGUUUAGCUUGCAUAGAAUUCUCACUUGAUGACCGUAGCCCAAUGUCUGAAGUUUACACGGAAAAUAUGGAAACUCAGCCACCGCCUCCAGCCAAGUACCAAUUAAUAAGAGUAAAUACCAAGGGAAUGAAUGAAGGAUGUAAGUGGGUUGAAAUGUUUGAAGAUGUUCGAGCCGUGGUUUUCUGUGUUGCCCUGAGUGACUAUGAUCAGCUGUGGCUUGCCCCAGACAGUAAUGGCAGUGGAAGCCUUCUGCAAAACAAGAUGUUACAGAGCAAAGAGCUAUUUGAGACAAUGGUCAGACACCCUUGCUUCAAAGACUGCCCUUUUGUAUUGAUUCUGAACAAGUAUGAUAUUUUUGAGGAAAAGGUAAAUAGGGUUCCUCUAUCUGCCUGUGAAUGGUUCAAUGACUAUAGUCCUGUGAGUGCUCAUCACACUAGCCAGUCUCUGGCACAUCAGGCUUACUUCUAUAUUGCCAUGAAAUUCAAAGACCUUUAUGCUUCCCUCACUGGCCGAAAGCUUUUCGUGUGGCAAGGCCGGGCAAGGGACCGUGUGACAGUCGAUGAGGCUUUCAAGUACAUUAGAGAGGUCCUAAAAUGGGAUGAGGAAAAAGAGGAGAAUUACUAUGGUCCACCUGAAGAUUCAUUUUACAGUACCACAGACAUAAGCUCCUCUCCUUAUAUCAGACCAGAGUGAUGUUCAUGAGAUGUAUUAUUUGCCAUUGUUAAGGAACGGGGUCAAGUGUUAAUUGCCUCUCGGACAUCAUAGCUUGCUGGAUCCGCCCGAAAAAGCAUGUAAUCUCUGAUUUCCCUUUUGUUAUGAGGGGAAAGAGGAAUAAGAAUUAUGUUUUAAAAUUCAUAUAUUAAUUUGGGAAAAAUUGGUGUGUCCUUAUAAUAUACGACAUUUUUUAUUUGGUCCUUA